AUGGGUCCACCCACCUCUCAUACUCCUUCCUUCGACAAUGGCCUGCCGCCAUCCCUCUUGCCAGAUAGCCUUAAGGGGAUAACGACACACCUUCUCUGGGCUCACAGCGAUCCAGAUUCGUCCAGUUGCACAAGACCUUGCCCCAUCGAUGACCCUCAUGUCUACGGCCACUGCCACUUCCCCUAUGCUUUCCUGAAUGACUACACCCAGAUGCCCAAUUCUAUGCCCAUGUAUCCAUACGACUUUGUCAACCCCUCAUUCAGGACUGGGGUAGGCAUGGAACUGGAAGAAUGCGGUGCCGAGAUCAUGAGCCCUGAACAGUUCAUCCAUCACUUCAACACGGAGCACCGGCAUGAAUUAUCAAACGUCAUGUCAAUGAAGCUCGGAGGAGAGUACAACUUACCGUCUGCCGUGCCGUCAACAAGCUCCUCUGCAAAUCCCUUCGACAUGGCUCUUAUGUCAUCACAAACUUCCCUCAAGGAGCCUUCUCCAAUGACGCCUCUUUCAACCCCCCUUACAGCUGCCGAGAUAGAGUUGACAGACCCGACACGCCGCCGCUCGCCAUCACACCUUUCUCUCUCCGAAGGCAAUCAUGGCCGCAUGGCUCCUGACUGGGAGAACAAAUGCCUCUGGUGUGAUGACCCGGGUUCUGAGAUGUGUGCAAAGACGUUCAGCGAUCCUGGCGAGCUGUUCGCGCAUGUAAAUGCAGCACACAUAAAACAUCUAGUCAAAGGCCCAAGGGGCUUUCGCUGCGGCUGGGAGAACUGCAGGAGAGAGGACGACGGCAAGGACGGGUUUCCCCAACGAAGCAAGAUUGAGAGGCAUAUGCAAACCCACAUCGAGCACAAGCCAUACAGCUGCGACCAUUGCGGGAAGAAGUUCUCUGCCAAACAGGCCUUGAACCAACAUCUUCUCAUCCAUUCAAACGAGAAGCCGUUGGUAUGUGACUGGCCAGGAUGUGGCAAGACGUUCAGGCAACAGAGCGCCUUAACUAUGCAUAAAAGGGUCCAUACGGGGGAGAAACCCCUAAAAUGCGACAUAUGCGGCAGGACCUUUAGUGAAUCGUCAAACCUCUCCAAACACAAGAGGACCCACGAGAUCAAGGGUCGGUUUACGUGCCCUCACCCUGGUUGCCAUAGGGACUUCCACCGCCAAGAUCAGCUUCGGCGUCACAUGAAGUUGCACGCGGAGAAGAACGGCGUGGAUAUACCUGACGAGGUAAAUAACGAAGAGACGGGGGAGGAAGACGACUCGUCUCAUGCCCACGACGAUCCGGCACUCAGCGCGAAGCUCCUGAGGCUAAUGACCCACACGCCACCGGCUGCUGACCAAGGGGGCCAGCCGCGUCGCAAGAAACGGAGUCGUUGA